GUGUAAAACCGGGAAAGCGAUAACGUAGCAAAACAACCGGGGGUGGAUAGGGCUUUUUACCGGUUCGAGAAAAGGACAUCGAAGGAUAGGAAGGCGAAAGAGAGGGGGGAGGGAAGAGCUACACUCUUAUUUCCUCUAAAUCUUGCUUUGUUUGUCCCCUCGAACCCUAAUCCUAGCAAGAGGAAGCAUCCUUGUGAGAUUCCUCAUCUUGAACGGUAGAAAGGAAAGGGGAUUUUUCUUGUACCAUAUAUAUUGGUAGAAGGGAUGGCGCCGGGUCAAGGAGGGCAGCAGCAGUUUCGGUACACGCAGACGCCGUCGAAGGUGCUGCACGUUCGAAACCUGCCGUGGGAGUGCACGGAGGAGGAGCUCGUUGCCCUCUGCGAGCCCUUUGGCAGGAUCGUCAACACCAUGUGCAACGUCGGCGCCAACAAGAACCAGGCCUUCGUCGAAUUCGUGGACCUUAACCAAGCAAUUUCAAUGGUAUCGUACUAUGCUUCUUCGUCUGAGCCAGCCCAAGUCCGUGGAAAAACUGUCUAUAUCCAGUAUUCUAACAGGCAAGAAAUUACAAAUAACAAGAGUAGUGGUGAUGUUCCUGGGAAUGUCUUGCUUGUCACUAUUGAAGGUGUUGAAGCUGGUGAUGUAAGCAUAGAUGUCAUUCAUUCG